AUGGUUCACGGAAAAGACAUCUCAUCUCUGGGUCUAACGACUCAACUAACGCUACUGGGUCGCGAUCCCGACCAGCAGUGUGGAUUUGUGAAUCCACCACUGUACAAAGGGUCCACUGUUAUCCACAACACUCUGGACGCCGUCACCAACAAGGGCGGGAGAUUUUGGUACGGAACUGCAGGCACUCCUACCAUUGAAAACCUAGAAAAUGCUUGGACGCAGCUUACUGGAGCUGCCGGAACCGUGUUGUCGCCCACGGGACUUGGAUCCAUCGCACUUGUGCUUUUGAGUGUUGUUAAGUCAGGCGACCACAUUUUGAUUUCGGACAGUGUGUACCAGCCCACCAGAAAUCUCUGCAACGGCCUUCUGGCCAAAUACAAUGUCAGCACCGAGUACUACGACCCAUUGCUUGGAGACGACAUCGAAAAGCUCAUCAGACCCAACACAUCUAUGAUUUUUUUGGAAAGUCCCGGUUCUCAAACCAUGGAAAUGCAGGAUAUCCCAGCUAUCACCAAAGUGGCUCGCAAACACGGUGUCAAGACCGUUUUGGACAACACUUGGGCGACCCCAUUGUUUUACAAGGCCCACGCACACGGGAUCGAUAUCUCUAUCGAAGCAGGUACCAAAUACCUUGGAGGCCAUUCCGACCUGCUCAUUGGGUUGACAUCUGCCAACGCAGAAUGCUUCCCUGCGCUCCGUGAGACUUACGACGAUUUAUCCAUGAUGCCUGGUGCUGAAGACUGCUUGGCAGCAUUGAAAGGUUUGCGUUAUUUGCAUCUCAGACUAAAAGAGGCGGAAAGAAAAGGUUUGCUGCUGGCCAAAUGGCUAAAAAACAGACCAGAAGUGCUCCAAGUCCGCCACCCUGCAUUGGAAGACUGUCCUGGCCACGAAUUUUUUGUUCGUGACUACGAGGGGUCCACUGGUGUGUUCACCAUAGUUUUACGUGAGGGUUUCCACAAGACCAACUUCAAAAAUAUGCUUGAAAAGACCAAUGUGUUCAGAAUGGGAUUUUCGUGGGGUGGUUACGAAUCUCUCAUGACGCCAGUCAACCCUGCAUCUUACAGAACGGCCACAAACUGGGAGCACAAGGGAUUUGCCAUUAGACUACAAGUCGGAAUGGAGGAUAUUAACGAUUUGAAACGCGAUUUAAACCUUGCUUUCGAACGUUUGACGGCACCCCUAGGGUCGCGUCUAUGA